AAGCGGAGCGCAAGGCCGCUGAGUACCCAACGCGCGCGCAACUCCGCCCCUUUUUGGCGCAGCAACGGGGCCUGACCCUUUGCGCGACCUGUAGCGUGGCCGAGCAAGCGCAGAAGGCUUGGCGGGCGGCGCGUCUCUAUGGAACCCGACGGGACCUACGAGCCGGGCUUUGUGGGUAUUCGGUUCUGCCAGGAAUGUAACAACAUGCUGUACCCCAAGGAGGACAAGGAGAACCGCAUUCUGCUGUACGCGUGCCGGAACUGUGAUUACCAGCAGGAAGCAGACAACAGCUGCAUCUACGUUAACAAAAUCACGCACGAAGUGGACGAGCUGACCCAGAUCAUCGCCGACGUGUCCCAGGACCCCACGUUGCCAAGGACCGAGGACCACCCGUGCCAGAAGUGUGGUCACAAGGAGGCAGUGUUCUUCCAGUCUCACAGUGCCCGGGCCGAGGACGCCAUGCGCCUGUACUACGUAUGCACCGCCCCACACUGCGGCCACCGCUGGACCGAGUGAGCAGCCUACCUCCCCCCCCCCCCGCCUCCACCUGUAAUAAACAGCAGGUCCUUGCG